GGCUCGCGGGCCUUGGCCCCCCCCUCCCCGGAAUUUGGGGAAUUGAGUGGAGGUGGAGCCGGAUGGGAAGUGGGCAUUCGGUCCGAGCGGGCGUGGAGGGUUCUCGGAGAGGUGGGGGAAGUGGGUUUCCGGGGUAGCUUUUAUCCCCGGUCGACUCUAGCCGCUCCCAUCACCGACACUCUCCCGCUUCUACGAUGUACUUGUGCCGCUCCGUCGAAUGCCUUCAGAGGUUCAAGGGGCAGUUGGAUCCAGAUCCAGUGUCCCGCUCCAACCUCCCGCCCGUCCCAUCCAACCCCACUGCCUCGGCCAAGAAAUAUGAUAGGACCAUGGAAGUCAAGCCAGGUAUCAGAUAUCUGGGAACGGGUUCUAACCUGAGGUCGAGGAAAGGACGUCUCCAAUCUCCCAUCUAAUCAUCAUCAACAUUACCAUCAUCAUCACCAACAGUCACUUUGACUUGGCUCACAAGGCUGGACUCUGGGACAGAUCCUCCACAACAUGUCAACAACAACACCACCAUCGACCUUGACGAGCACGAGGGAAGCUUACUCUGGAGCACCGCCUGGCCAUGUACCCCUCAACAAUACCUUUAACUGGUGUUUCAGUCAGCCCUUUUUGUCUGCGAACGACUACACCCCUCAAGCUCAAGUGUUGGACAAGAUCGAGGAUGAGAGGCCAAUCUUUGUGGAUAAUGCUUCAGACCGCAAACUCACCUAUGGCCAAAUGAGAAGCGAUGCCCUUGCCCUCGCCGCCGGUCUGCUGAGUCUGGGUCUCAACCCUAGCGAUAUCAUCAAACUCCCACCAACACCGACCUGCCCGCAAGGGCCCGAGAUCCCCCCAGUCGUCCUCAUCCAGCUUCCCAACUCACUUGCUUUUGCGCCCGUGCUGCUGGGAACGCUGGCCGCCGGACUCACCGCAACGCUGGUUUCACCCGCCCUUACGAGCGAUGAAAUCGCUUGGAUCCUCCAAAACUCUCGGCCGCGAGCCAUCAUCACGGCGAAAGCCUGUCUCGGCGCCAUGCGCGAGGCACUGGAGAAGCAGGAGCCGCGAGACCGAGCCUUCUUUGACGCCGUGCCCAUCUUCAUCUUUGACGCAGCCAAGGACCACUACCCUUCUGUAUCGUCAUCGUCACCGCCUACCUCUGUCGGCAGCGGCAGCAGCAGCAGCAGUAAGAAGACGAACAAAACCCAGGACUGGAAGGUCCUUCUGCGCUCUUCCCGAGCAACAGUGGUCCCCUCCUCCUUCCUUCCCUCUUCCGCCUCCCCCGCUCGCACAGCCGUCAUUCUCUGGUCCUCCGGCACCUCCGGCCGAUCCAAGGGCGUCCUCCUCUCUCACCACGCGCUCAACUUCUCCGGCGCGCACAUGUGGCACGACGCAGCCGACUACCACUCUCUUGCAAAGGUCCGGCAGCAGCGUUGGCUCGGCUACGUACCCUUCUACCAUGUCUUCGGUCUCUGUAACAUCGUUUUGCUCGCCAUCAUGACAGGCAGCACCGUGUACGUGAUGCCGUCCUUCAGUCUCGAUGGCAUGCUCGCCGCCAUCCCGAAGAGGAAGAUCACGUACCUGCACAUGGCGCCGCCCAUUGCCGUGAUGUUGGCCAAGGCUCCUGUAGUCGAAAAAUACGCCAAGCGCGACCCGAAGACAGGUAAGAACGGCUUCAGCUCCAUCGUGGCAGCCGUCACGGGCGGCGCUCCCCUCGGACACGAGGUGGUCGUGGAGGUGUACAAGCGGUGCGGGUUCAGAGUCAGGCUCGGUUACGGACUGAGCGAGACGUGCAGCACCUCGCUGCAGCGCGGCACGAGCGAGAAGGAGAUGGUGGAGCAGGCGGGCGAGACGGGCGUGCCGCAUUGGGGCGUCGAGGUCAUGAUUGCUGAUAUGGAUGUGCCCGCUCCGGGGCUAGUGGACGGGAAAACCAAGGCGGCGAGGAUAGGACAGGAAGGGGAGAUUUUGAUACGGUCGCCGACGCUACUUAGCGCGUAUCUGCCCGUGGGCAUGUUCAGGACCCCUAAGGGUCAGGAGCCGGAUAUGUCGGUCACGAGGGAGGCGCUGACGGUUGAUGGGUGGUUCCGCACGGGCGACGUGGGCACCAUCAGUGCGCAGGGGAGGCUGCGGAUCACGGACCGGCUGAAGGAGCUGAUCAAGGUGCGCGCAUACCAGGUUGCGCCGGCGGAGCUGGAGGCCGUGUUGUGCAGCAGCCCGUCGGUGGCGGAUGCGGGCGUGGUGGGCGUGUAUGACGAGUCGGAGGCGACGGAGUGGCCGAGAGCAUAUGUGGUUCCGCACAAGCCGGAGGCGCUGGAGAAUAAGACGGAGCUAGAAAAACUGGCGCAUGAACUCAGGGUUUUGGUGGAAAAGAGGACAACCAAGUACAAGUGGCUUAUGGGAGGCGUGGUGUUUGUGAAGCAGAUCCCCAAAAGCCCUAGUGGGAAAAUCUUGAGGAGGAUCUUGAAGAGUGGUGGGGAGGACACCGAGGGGGUGGAGAUUCAGGUUUAUCAGAAGAAGAGGAGGGGGGCUACUGCUGCUUCGAAGCUAUAAAGUCUCCGGUGUUCAACGGUAUGAUGCCACCCCAGAGUACCUCUAGGUAGAAUCAACAGUUUUCGUGUCCUGACGAACAUCUGACCCACACAAAUCGC